GAAGCAUCAUUCGUGAAGAUAAUCCAAUACAGACAACAUGAAAUUGUUAAUCAUCGCCUCCGUCAUCGGACUGUGCGCAUGCGGCGCCAUUCCAUACAACAACUUCAACCUCCCACAGUACAACCGACAGUACUACCCGGAGAGGCCUAGGGCGUCACUCGAAAGGAACGCAGCCAUUUUAAGAUCAGUGUCAGAUGCUAACGAAAAUGGCUACCGCUUCGCUUACGACACUGAAAAUGGCAUCCAAGCUGAAGAGACCGGAGUAGAAAACAACGGAAUCCAGGCCCAAGGUGGUUACUCCUACACUGGUGACGAUGGCCAAGUCUACAGCAUCAGAUAUACCGCUGAUGCUAACGGAUUCCAGGCCCAGGGAGCUCAUAUCCCAACCGCCCCACCAAUUCCCGAAGCCAUCGCUAAGGCUUUACAGGAGAACGCCAGGGAUGAAGCCAGCGGCAUCUUCGAUGACGGUAGCUAUCAUUCCGGCAAAUACGAUUCAGGAGUUUUCGCUGCCCGGACAUACAAACCACAGCAAUAUGUCGCCCCUGCCUACAAACCUUAUCGCUUCUAAGAACACAGUGCCAUCUAUAGUAUUCUAAUUAAUUAUAUAAUAAAGUGAUAUUUUUCGAUUA